GUGCUCGACUCUACCUGAAGACAUUAUUACUGUUUACUCUCACUGUUGCACGGUUUCAGUGGUUUCAUUCACGAGAACGUGAUUGCGUUUACUUUCAGUUCAGUGCAGUUUGGAUUUAGAGCUUUAGCAGAAUGCGGCUUCAAGCAUCUUGGCUGCCGCUCCUUUUGUGCGGAGCUGUUUUUCUAAGUUUUACCGAAGCCCGAAGAAUCCGUGUCCAUGCUAUCCCUGAACCAGAGGAGCAAGAAACCAUUCAGUAUUACGCAGCUGAACCACAAGAUGAAGAGGUUCAGUCGCCGCGACAACGAGUAGUUUUAGUAUCGACAGCUGAUCAGUACAACGGUCUUUAUGGCCAACCAACUGCUUCGUCUAGGAGCAGUUCAGAUAAUUACAUUCCUUCGUCUCGUAAAGCUCUUCCCACUGCUAGAGCCAAAGAGGCAGCGAAAGCACCUCCAGUGCAAACCAUCAGAAAUUACAACAAAGUCAAUGAUGAUGGUUCGUUCACUUUCGGUUACGAGGCUGCUGAUGGUAGUUUUAAAGAGGAGACAAGAGGUACUGACUGUGUUGUCAGAGGAAAAUACGGGUAUAUUGACCCCGAUGGCAACAAAAGAGAGUUCACUUAUGUUUCUGGUAAUCCUUGCGAUCCAAAUGCUCCGAAAGAAGAACAAGAAACGGAACAAGAACACGAAAACGAAGCCGAUAACGGACCGGCUAAUUACCCGACUCGACCGAUCCGACCGAUCCGACCUGUGACAGUUGCACCAAAACCAGCCGUCACCUUAUUCCAAAAUAACUACGACCAAAGCGAAGAAGAACAACCCGAACCUGAACAAGUGCUUAAACCUCAACAGCCGAUUCGUCGCCCCAAUUACAUCACUCGCCCAACAUACGUCCAGCAAACCGCAACUGAAGAAGCGCAAGUGUACCAAAGACCACAGCUCAUUUCAGCCACCACACCAUCGUCCUACUUGGCCAAGCAGCAGAGCGUCAGCAUUACCCCACGACCGGUCUCACCAACUCCCUCAGCUAGGACCCAGCUCCCGGCUACCACUUACCGCCCACAACUACUCCAAGUUUCUGUAACUCCAAGACCUUCAGUCUUGUACACCAAACAUCUCUCUUCACCAUCGAGCACUGCACUUCCUUCAAGAGGUAGUCUCGAUUUUGACGCAGAAUUCCAAAAAUUCCAGCAAGAAAACAAUAUUAUUGCACCAACCCCCACUCCCAAAACUGUCUCAAAGACCAAUAAACCAACCACUACUUCUGCAGGUACCGGAAACCCGAUUUACUCCUCAGCGCUUGUAUUUGACCCGACCUCCGGUCAAUACAACACGCAGCUGUACCAAACCCUUCCGCAGACGGAAGGCGACAUCUCGCUGAACCAGCGCAUUCAACCCUACGUGCAUCAGCCACAAAGAACUGUGGUCAAUUUGCAGCAGCUUCAGCAGCAGAGCCCGCUCUACACGCAUUUGAGGCCGUCUCAGGCCGAGUAUCAGCAACAACAAGCCGGCUUGCAAUUCCAGAACUCGGCGCAUUUGUACGCCCAACAGCAACGAGCGAGACUUCAACAGCAGCAACAACAGAAACAAGCCGUGCAGCAACAGCCCGUUUACUACAUCCAACCCUCGGGGGGGCAGCCGCUGGCGUCGGGUCAGAUUGACGCCUUCCUCAGAGGCCACAAUAUUCAGUUUUAAGUGUUUCGAGAGACUAGAAUCUAUUAGACUGAUCCAUGCAGAGGGUGUAGGUAACCUCUGGCUGUCCUUUUAGUGAAAGUGCAACGAUAUCCACCAUAAACACGGUCACGCCCCGAUUAGGUAACUGCGUUUGCAUGCUCGAAUUUUUAAAGCAUCGCCAAGUGUUACUUUUCACUUUUGCAUCUGCAUAACUUUCGACAUUGUCUUGAUUCAUUGUCAUUCCUUUCAAGGCCGCUGGGUUGCCUUGGAUAUUGUAGGUAUUUAUGGUUCGAUUUUGUGUUGUUGUGCCUUAUGUAAUGAAAAUUACCAAAUGCUAAUAUGGAAAUGAGCAGUCGUUAUUGCGCGGUUUUGUACAUAACGCAGAUAUAAAGCUCUAGUUUUAACUCUUGAUGUAAUAAUAUAGUAUUAUUAUUAUAAUGUUUGUAUUUUGUUAUGUAAGACCAUUAAUUGAAAUAAAUAUUGUAUAUAUUUA